CUUUGGAUAUGGAUAUUUUUGUUUUAUUCAUUCUCAUGAUGGAGUUGACAAGAAAAGGUUACAGCGCCACUGUGGACGAUGUUGCCAGAUUGCACGCUGACCUGUUCAGCAACUACAAGCGAGUGAUCCCCCCUGUCUACCAGCAGAACCACGCAGUCCAUGUCAAGCUGUCGUUGUUCCUGCUCAUGAUACAUGAUCUGGACAUGAAGAAUCAAGUACUCACAACAAGCGGGUGGCUGAACGUUAACUGGGAGGACGAGUUUCUCCGCUGGAACAAGAGCGACUACGGCGGUGUGGAGGAGAUCAUAGUCAGCCAGAGCGCCGUGUGGUUGCCGGACAUCUUGGUGGAGAACACUGCUCAGAACUUCGCCGAGAUCGGAAGUGACUCCAUCCUGGUGAGCAUCAAGGACGAUGGCCACAUAUCCUGGGAGCCUGGGAUCCUGACCAAGACCAUUUGCGAGGUCAACAUCGGCAAGUACCCCUUCGAUUACCAGCGGUGUGAGAUCAAAUUUCUCACCUGGAUGCAUACCAACAAAACCCUGGACGUGCAGCCAGGUUCAGAUCUAGUCAGCCUAGACGCCACUAUCUCUAACGGCGAGUGGGACAUCAAGUCAGCCAUAGCCAGACCUUACUUCUACCCCUCCACCUACAAGGUGGGCACAGCCCACACAGGGGUGAAGUUCAUCAUCGAGCUGAUGAGGAAGCGCACCUUCUACGUCCUCAACACCAUCAUCCCUGUCGUCAUGCUGUCCCUGCUCAACGUGCUUGUCUUCCUGCUGCCCGCCAGCUCCGGCGAGAAGAUGGCGCUGGCUGUCACUGUCCUGCUGUCCUUCACGGUCUACCUCAGCAUCAUCAGCGAGGUCAUGCCCAAGACAUCGGAGAGCAUCUCGAUAUUAGCCGUGUACCUGACGACCCUGCUGUCGCUCAGUACCAUGUCCGUGCUGUCGUCUGGCGUCGUGAUGAACAUGAUCCACCAGGACACCGACAAGCCCGUCCCCACCUUCCUCAAGUGUCUCGUCUGCUGCCGACGCCGACAGAUCCGACGCCAGAUGAAGCGCGGCAUCUUCCGACGGCGGGUCCCCAGCUUCCGCGUGGGUCGGGGUCAGGGCACCCACCAGAACGACGCCUACUCCGACAGCAGCGCGUACUGGAGCAACGGCGACACGGGCAGGAAAAGACAACCCGGCUACGAAGGGGAAAACUUACGGGUUUUCCCGACCUCGCAGCUGUCUAAAAAUAACUCCCAAACCGCGGAGACCAAAAUAGACGAGCGCCAUCUUGAUGACGAGACGGUGCGCGCGGAGCACCUGUCGUUGUUUGAACACAAAGCGGAUGACGCGCCGGAUAUGGACGACUGGGCGCUGAUCACGUGGAUGGACGUGGGCAGUGCCGUGGAUACGCUGUUGUUCUGGACUUUUCUCGGCAUCACCGUCAUGUCCACCACGAUAGUGCUUGUUCUGUUUUCAUUACAAUAACUGUGAGUUCUCUCGAGGUCAGAGGUCAACACAGGUCAACCGGAUCUGACCCCUAGACAUGUUUAUUUGAUACGUACAUGUAUAUUAUGCAUUUAGUCGUACAAUUAUAGUGAUAUGUACAAUUAUAUCGAACGCCUGUUAAACCUUUGAUAAGUAAUCAUGUGACUUGUAAGAUUCGAUUUUUUGAAAACUAUUGAUUUACUUUUUAAAUGCAAGCUGGCGUAUGUGGAAUACACGGAAUAUAAUUUCUUUC